AUGUCAUCCUCUCCAUUUGGCAUUCACAAAACUGAUAAAUCAUCAUCAGCAACUCCACCAACCACCAUCAACAAUAGUGUGCCACCACCUCCUCCUAACAAUAUUGUUAAUAAUAAUAAUAACACAACUUUACCAAAUUGGAGACAACAACAAUUGACAAAAAAGGAAGAAUCAAAAAGUGUUGCUGUUGGUUGUAGUUUACCAAAUGUUCCACCUCCACCACCUUCAAUUGGUUCAGGUUAUCAAAUUCCUCCUAAAAAUGUCACUACUUCACAGUUGACUAGUUCAAGUAAAUCUACUACUCAACCAAUUGUUCCUCCUCCUCCACCUGGUAUUGUUAACAACCAUUCAAUGAAUCAACAACCAAAUUGGAGACAACAACAACAAAUUAAAAAGGAAGAAUCUAAUAGAUCUGUAACUAAUGCUACUCAACAACUGCCAAAUGUUCCACCUCCACCUGGUAAUAGUGUCACUCAAAAUCUCCAACAACCAAAUUGGAGACAACAACAACAAGCAAUGAAUACUAAAAAAGAAAACAUAACCAUUCCACCUCCAAUACCAAGCUCAACAACAACUGUCAAACUUCCAACUAGUACAGCACCUCCAACAAGCUCAACAACUGUCACAUCCUCUCAUGCUGUUACAGUAGGUAGUGGUGGAAUUGUUGUUCCUCCCCCUCCACCUGGUAAUUUUGUGGCAAUAACUCACCAAGCAAAUGUCAGAAAACCAAUUAUUAACACUUACAUUCCACCAGUAGUUGUCAGUACUGAAGAAACUUUGGAAUUUUACAAGGAAUUAUGUGAUAAAAUUCCAGAAAAGAGAAUUGGACCUGGAUUUAAGGACAUUCCAGAACCAAAAUUCAAUUGUAAAAAGCAUACGAAUACUGGUGAUUCAGAAUUGGAACUUUCGAUUGAGGAUAGUGAUCCAAAUUAUGUUGUAAUACCUUCUCAAUUCCAAUACGAUAGUGGACUGGGAUUUAGUUUUGCAUUCUCUGUCAGAAUUCACAAUCCAAAGCCUUAUUACAUUUUUGUAAGGGAGGUGCAAGUUUUUUACAAGGAUAUGACUGGAAAGUGGAUUGAAGCAAAUUUUCCAUCCUACCAAACAUUGGGAAUCAAUUUUCAUCACGAUGACAAGUUAAAAGUUGAAGGAAUGGAAAAACUUUGGUGUCAUUUCACAGCCAAUUUCACACCAAUUCCAAAACUUAGUCAAGUUAUUUGGGGAACUUCUUACAGUUAUAUUACACAUCCCUCUCUCCCUCAACCAUUGACCUUGAAAUUGAUCAUUCAUGAUUCUCUUGAAAAAACCAAAGAGUUACUUGUUGAGCAAGUGAAUGUAAUUUUCCCAAAAAAGAGAAACAAUCGAUACAUUGAAAUAUUGAAUGAAAUCUCAACAUUUAAAAAGGGAACCAAGUAUGGAAUUGAAACUGUCGAAUCGUUCUAUAAGAUUGUUUUUUGUGAAGAUAUGUAUUAUGGGGAUGCCAAAUUCAUCUCAUUUGGAUUUCAAGAUCAUGAGGAACGAGAGGAAAAUAGAGAUAAAAUCCCAACCUCAAUCGAGAUUAGUUGUGGCAGUAUGAGUGAAAGUUCCAACUACAGUGAAACACAAUACAUCCAAAUUGAUUUUAUUGAAAAGUUGGAACAGCAAGCAAAGAAGGAAAACCUUUCUGAGAUUCCAUAUGCACACUUUGGUGUUGUCUUUCUAUUCGAUUCGAAAGGGCUCAUGUAUGGGGCGAGAGUGAAGAUUGAGUCGACCUCUCAAACUGUGGAAAAAAUUGUCUUGCUUAGAGAUUUGAUUAAGGUACUCAAAUUGGACAAACAAACUAUCAAGAAGAGAUUUAUUUAUUAA